UGUAUUGCGUUGGUCAAAGUUGAGCUCGAUUUCUGAAUAAUUUUUCAGAUGUUUGAACUACUCACAAAAUUGGACUUUAUUGCGAUUCAGUGGAAACGGAUUAUUCGUGAGCCGAGCAAGCUCAUUGUUUGUGAAUUUUCGGCAACAUAUAAUCAACAAAACAUUAUCGAGGUCAUUAUUGCGUCAUACCGUGUGAGACAUUAGUUUCCAUCGCUCUGUUUACCUCGUUCUUCCCGAUUAGCAAAUACAUCGGAUUGAGAAUGAUUCUUCAUUUUCACUUCGUUACCUUGUAUCCAUACUUUACAAAAACCAAGCUUUCUGAUUGAUCCAGUACUACGACUGUAUUCUUCUUCGCAAGGUGGUCGUGCUCGUCGCACCAUUCUGCCAUUCAUCCGCGGAAUGACGAUGACGAGACCUGCUCGGAAAGGAGAACGAGGCGGAAGGACACGGACGUAGUGCGUAGAGAUGCGCUCUUUCGUAACUCUCUCACGUUACCUUCCUGAAUUCUACGCGGCCGUCGCCGCGGGGGGAAUUAGAUAAGUAGAGAAAAUAGGAGGGCUGGAACGACGUCAGUUUCCACGGCUCGAAUCAAAUACCAACCCCGAAUAUAGACGCUCUGGGCUAUAAUGGAAUUAUAUUAAAUAGACAUUAUGUUUUACCGUCCAGCACACCCUCCAGGGCCGCCUUCUUCACUGGGCUGUAUCCGAUACGUAUAGGUAUGCAGGGAGAAGGCAUACAAGGUGGCGAGCCCAGAGGACUACCACUCAAUAUAAGGAUCUUGCCGGAGUACCUACGAGGCUUAGGCUACACGACCAAGCUGAUCGGGAAAUGGCACGUGGGCUACCACACGCCUCAGCACACCCCCUUGCAUCGGGGUUUCGACGCGUUCCUCGGCUUUUAUAACAGUCACGUUUCGUAUUAUGACUAUAGGUACUCGUAUCAGAAUAUGAGCGGCUACGAUAUGCAUCGUGGCGACAACCCGGCUUACGGUUUGAACGCGGAGUACGCGACGGACCUGUUCACGGACGAAGCGAUGAAGAUCAUUCAACGCCACGAGCCGCCCCGCCCGCUUUAUCUUCAAAUCUCGCAUCUUGCCGUUCACGCACCCAUUGAGAGUCCUGACGAUGAUCACCGUAAUUCCAACAGAGAACGCUUCAAGCACAUUCCAGAAGUGAAUCGUCGCAAUUAUGCCAGCAUGGUGACGCGAUUAGACGAGUCCGUGGGACGCAUCGUUCACACCCUGGGCAAUCGGGGAAUGCUGAGAGACUCGUUGAUCCUCUUCCUCACCGACAACGGCGCGCCGACCAUCGGCAAGUUCCGCAACUGGGGCUCCAACCUACCCUUGCGAGGCAUGAAGUACACACUGUACGAGGGUGGCGUGAGAGGAGUCGCCGUACUUUGGUCGCCGAGGUUGCGCAAGGCGGCACGGGUGUGCAACGAACUGGUGCACAUCACCGACUGGUUGCCGACCUUCUACUCGGCUGCUGGCGGCGACCUGAAGGACCUGGGGGAAAUUGACGGGGUCAACCAGUGGCGGAUGCUGAACGACGGCGAGCCGGUAGCUAGGCAGUCGCUGUUGCUGAACAUUGACGAGGUCUCCAGGACCGAGGGCGCCAUAUACAAAUCGUUCAAGCUUCUUCGGGGAUCGAUCGAGGGCGGACAUUACGACGGGUAUCAUACGAUUCGCGAGCCGUCUUGGAUCGAACACGUUGAGCACAAGAAGAACGAACCAACCGAAGUGCCGUCGUACACCGAGACCGUGCUGAAGAGUUUGGUGUCGCAGAGUAUCACUUACCACCUGGGCGGUCCCGUCACUCAACCCAGUACGAUUAAUCAAUUACGGCAGGAAGCCACAGUCCAUUGCAGAUCCAACGGCAGUUACAACAGGUUCACCACGUGCAACGUCACCGAGUGCCUCUUCGACAUCAACAACGACCCUUGUGAGACGAAGAACAUCGCUCAGCAGUACCCACGGAUCGCCCGGGAGUUGGACCUGUUCCUCGAGAAGUACGGACGCAAUGUCACCAGACAAAUGAAGGUGCCGGUGGACUGGCUGGCCGAUCCCAGGAGGACGAACGGCACGUGGGAGCCGUGGAUGACUCCCGGUGAGAUGCUGUACGCGUACAACAUGGCGGCGGCCCACUUGGUCCACAUGGCGUACUGCGUCCACAUCGGUAUCAUCCUCGCGACAAUCGCGUGGAACGCUUUUAUUUGAACAAUUUUUAGUAGCGCACGAACACAUCGGGGCACUCGAGUUGCGUCCCGAAGUUCGCGCUGCCAAUAGCGUUAGGAGAUCUACAGUAUACGAAGAGUGCACGUAGAUUUCAUCAAUGAAUCGGCAGUGAAUAUCGCGACGCAGCCUCCAUCGGUGCCUCCAUCAGUCGCUGAGUCGCGCGACUUUUAAAUUCGUCCUUGAGCUUUGAAGAAAAUACGAUACCUUAUCCCUUUUCCUUUCUUCUCCUUUCCCUUUUUCGUUUCGUAAUUAAAAUAUUGCAAUCAAUUAUGUAUCUGUUCGGUUAUGUUUGAGUUGAGCACACAAUUGCCGCUACAUUUACAUAGUAAUUCAGUUUCGUAAUCCAAUUGCCAACGUACUUUCAAUCCGCCACAUUAUCAUAUGUCGGAAUUUUAUGAAAGUCGUGAUCAACGUAGCAAUCUACCUACGUUCUACGGCUUGAGGAAAGAAAAGUGCAAUGCGAAUAAACAGCGUGAUAUCGCGGCAAGUUGACGCGGAACGUGACCAAAUAAAUCACGGAGCAUAUACACGUGGCCUGGCCAUAUACGUAAAAUUCGAACUAAGUCCCAGCGGGAAUUUCUGACGAACCAAGUCACGACAUUUCAACGGAAGCAAUAUCGAUUAUGGUGAAACACAAACUACACUCGUGGUCGCGCGAUGUCAAAUUGAACUUAUGCAAAUGACGUUUUUGUCGCAAUUUAAUAUUUAUUACCUACCGGUCUCGAAAUAACGUUUGCACACAAGAUAGAUACUAAGACCGUCGUGAUGCAAGCGGUGUUGUGUAAAAGGUUUUUCCGCCAUGUAUCCCACAAAGCUACGUUAUGAAAGGAGAAAGAGGAAGAAAAAAUCGGGCUACCUUUUUCGAGCUACCUGAUGCAGCGGCGAGCUUACAUUUUCUCCCGUGCUCGCGGUGGCUGAUGCAGUUUUGAUACAAAAUGACGGUCAUCUAUAUCAUGCCGGUCAUGAAAUACAUAGAUAUAACCUUGCGUUCAAACCCGUUUUACUUUACUUGUUAUGCAUGUUCGUCGUACAGUUGAAAGUGGCCGUAAGAGCGAUUAUCGAAAGGAUUAAUUCUUCUUCGGCGAAUUUUUUCUGUACAUAUCGGAGUGCGUAUCAUUGAGUUUUCAUCAAAAUUUGAAUCUUAUCGUAACUUUUAUCUAGAGUUAAUGAAUUGCCAACAGAAUUAAACAGAAUUAACUUACAUAAGAGGAUUGUACCUUUAUCGUAUCUCAACGUUAUCUAACUGAUUGUAACUGUUUGAGCAUUGAAAUCCAUUAAGAUACUAAUUUUUGAUGGAUAACAUUCCCGAUAUUGUUAAGCUUUGUUUAAUUUUCCUCUUGAGGUAAACAACGAAGAUCAGACGUGAUGCAGGAAAUGAUGUUAUUAUAGUACACCUCUUAUGAUUAAUACUUUAUGGAUAAUAUGAUACAGUUAUGAAUAAUUACAAGGGAUGGUGAUAAGAAACAAGGGAAAGUAAUACAUUAAUCUUUUCUCCAUGACGACAUAGAGACAAAAUUAUCUUUUUUGUUAGUAACAGUUUAUAAUAGUUAAUAGUUAAUAGUUUAAACAAAUAAUAGUUUCGGUAGUAACAGGUAGGUUUCGUUAAUAAGGAUAACGCACUUACAUUGUUUGAUUUAUCGUUACUUCAUGUUGAAGAAACUUUGUUCGCGAUCACCGUGCAUAAGUAUGCAAAGACGAUAACAGUCGCUAUUAUUAUAUU